AUGCUGGCAUCAGAAUAUUUUUUUACAGACAGUGAACCCAGGAAAAAGAAUAUCCGCUUGUCUUAUAUUCUCAAUGACAACCAUACAUACAUAGUGAAUGACUUAAAAUCAUGUUGA